UCGUCUUGUAUGCGUUUGUCGUAGAACAUGGCCUCGGUUAACAUAACUUCGGCUCUUAACAAAAUUGGAUUAACAAGGUUUGGUGGAAUAUUUCUCUGGCUGAUUCUUCAUCGACAGUUUGUCGAGCGACAUCUGAAUUGGGUGGAGCGACCGUUAUCUGUUGUUGCUGUUGAACGUCACAACCUCACCCUUCGGUGGACCUAUAUGAAGACACUUGGCCUAGUAUCGUCAUUUCGAGAAGCAGAAUUUACUGAUCUUAGCAGCGGGGAAAAAACCAUUGCAGAGAAAGUGUUAAAUACUGCACCAAUCGUACAUACAGCUUACAGACCUCGAUUUCAUAUUCCGAAGUGUGGCCAACAAUAUCAAUUUUAAAAAACA